GAACACAACAUUAUAUCAGGACCUAUAGACACCUGGACCAACCUGGAGAGAACACAACAAGAUGAGGAUCCUGCUGAUAGUCAUCCUCCUCUCCUUCAUGACAGGUUGUUUGAGCUCCUUCAAAGUGACAGGAUACUCUGGAGGAACUGUCAUCAUCUACUGUGCAUAUUCACAUCAGCAGGACGACAAUCAAACAUCUUUCAGUGAUGGUAACAGCAAGGAUACAAUCAGAACUGGAUUGAAGAACACCUGGCAGCACAGUGGUAGAUUCUCUCUGUAUGACAACACUGAAGGAAACGACUUCACGGUGAUCAUCAGACAACUGACUAAACAAGAUGAAGGGACCUACUGGUGUGGAGUGGACAAACCUAUUGCAAUGGGAAGUUACACUGAUGUAGAGCUGAAAGUAGAGGAAGAUGACUGCUGUGAGAAGUCAGUCACGGAGACGGUCUAUCUGGGAGGAGAAGCUACCAUCAGCUGCAACUAUCCAGAGGACCACGAGGACAGCACCAAGCAUUUCUGCAAAGAAGACAGGGACUGUAAAUACAAGAUAUCAGCUUACUAUUACCAAACAUGAUUCUCAACUGCAAAAGCUGGGCGUUUCUCUCUGUCUGUAAACAGCAGAGUGAAAUCCUACUCAGUGACCAUCAGUGACCUGACUGAAGAUGAUACUGGGACCUACUGGUGUGGAGUAGAAACCAGCAGGACAGAAGACCGUUACAUUGCACUGAUCACACAGGUGAAGCUACGUGUUAUAAGUGAGUAUAAACAAGACUUGGAUCUGAUAGAAGGUGGAGACCUGCAGACUACACUAGACUUCACCUCUCUGUGGGUCAGUGGAUCAACUCUUUACAUCAGUGGUGACUGGUUGGAGGAUAUAUAGGAGGACAGGCUCAUUGUAAUGG